AUCGUCACGAUCAACCGAAAUUAGGUUUGAAAUCGAUUUUAUCAAAACAAUGUUCUACUUUAUCCUUUUCCUCGUACUGCAAGUCGUCCUCUUCGGGGCUUGGGUCUUGGGUGCCCUGGAUCCCUACCAGAAGAAACUGCAAGAGUUCUUGUUAGAAGUGAUGGGAGAGACUAAGGUUUCCUAUGGCUUGAAGAGGAGUUUAACCGGCAAGAAACUCAUCGAAGAUGAGAACCUCAGCAAGAUCCAAGAUCAAUUGGGUAACCAGCUAGGAGGUGUAUUUGGGAAGGGUGGCUCGGGAGAUGGAUUGGGAACUAUCCUCAGCAAGGGCCUGUGAACGAUAACAACUCACGCUGAGCCGAAUGGGCAAAAACAGCCUGUAGCUACGGAGCAACCCACUAUUUGGAGAUGUAUUCAAUAGUCCACUAAGAAUGAACGUGU